UUAUUAAGAUUAAUCAACAACCAAGAGAGUUCAAACAUGGGUGUUCCUGCAUUUUUUAGAUGGUUGACUAGAAAAUAUCCAUCAGUUAUUGUCAAUUGUAUUGAGCAAAAAUCGACAGAUGUAAAUGGAGAACAAAUCCCAAUAGAUACAACCUUUCCAAAUCCGAAUGGUAUUGAAUUUGACAAUUUAUAUUUAGACAUGAACGGGAUUAUACAUCCUUGUACACAUCCUGAAAAUAAACCUGCUCCAAAAGAUGAAGAUGAAAUGAUGGUAGCAAUAUUCGAAUGUAUUGAUCGUCUAUUUAGAAUUGUGAGGCCUCGUAAAAUUUUGUAUAUGGCUAUUGAUGGCGUGGCUCCUAGAGCUAAAAUGAACCAACAGAGAUCAAGGCGUUUUAGGGCAUCUAAAGAGACAACAGAAAAAAAUGAAGAAUUGGCACGUGUGAGAAAAAAUCUUAUUGAAGCUGGUGCCAUAUUACCACCAGAAAAGCCAAAAGGAGAGCAUUUUGACAGCAACUGUAUUACACCUGGAACACCAUUUAUGGAUAAACUAUCUGCUUGUUUGCAUUAUUAUAUUCAUGAUCGGUUAAACAAUGACCCUGGAUGGAAAGGUAUCAAAGUUAUAUUGUCUGAUGCUAAUGUCCCAGGAGAAGGCGAACAUAAAAUAAUGGAUUUUAUAAGAAAACAAAGAGCACAACCCAAUCAUGAUCCAAAUACACAACAUGUCCUUUGUGGUGCUGAUGCUGAUCUCAUUAUGUUAGGACUUGCAACACAUGAGCCGAAUUUUACAAUAAUUAGGGAAGAAUUUAAGCCCAAUCAACCCAAGCCUUGUGAUAUGUGUGGUCAAAUGGGACAUGAAAUUAAGGACUGUCAAGGUUUAGAAAGGGAAGUAUUCAAUGAUGGAUCAACUAUUGAAUUUUCAGCUGAUGUUCAGUUUAUAUUUGUUCGUUUAAAUGUGUUACGUGAAUAUUUAGAACGAGAAUUAGAAAUGCCUAAUUUGCCAUUUAAAUAUGAAUUUGAACGAGCCCUAGAUGAUUGGGUGUUUAUGUGUUUUUUUGUUGGUAAUGACUUUUUGCCACAUUUGCCAUCUUUAGAAAUAAGAGAAAAUGCAAUUGAUCGUCUUGUUUCUUUGUAUAAAAAAACUGUGUACAAAACUGGGGGAUUCUUGACUGUCAACGGCGACGUUAAUUUGGAUAGAGUACAAUUAAUAAUGUCUGACUUGGGAAUGGCUGAAGAUGAAAUAUUUAAAAAAAGGCAACAAACAGAAAAAAUGUUUGCUGAUAGAAACAAAUUGAAAAAACGACGGGAAAAACGAGAUAAGUUAAUGCGCUCUAAUAGCGCUCCCAGUUUUGUACUGGGGGGUCAAUAUGCACCAUCAGCACCAAAUACAGCAUUUUCAAUAUCUAAUCCUAGACAAACCAUUGAUGAAAUGAGAAGACAAAGUGUAGGCAAUGCAAAUAAUCAAGGAGUGAAACGUAAAAGAGAUGAUAACGAAUCAUCCGAUGAAGAAGAAGAAACACCUGAUGAAKUUCGUUUGUGGGAAGAUGGAUUUAAGGAACGUUACUAUGAAUCUAAAUUUGAUGUAGAUAGGACAAACCAUAGUUUCCGACAUCAAGUGGCUUUGGAGUAUGUGCGUGGCCUUUGUUGGGUCCUUCAAUAUUAUUAUCAAGGUUGUCCUUCAUGGAAAUGGUAUUUCCCUUAUCAUUAUGCACCAUUUGCAUCUGACUUUCUUAAUAUAUCUGCAGUAUCAACAAAAUUUGAAAAAGGAACUGUACCAUUUCGUCCAUUAGAACAACUCAUGAGUGUUUUUCCUGCUGCUAGUAGCAAUCAUGUACCUCAACCUUGGGCUAUUUUGAUGAGUGAUCCAGAAUCAACAAUAAUUGAUUUUUAUCCAGUUGACUUCAAAAUUGAUUUAAAUGGUAAAAAGUUUGCUUGGCAAGGUGUUGCUCUAUUGCCAUUUGUCGAGGAAGCAAGACUUCAUAAAGCUUUGGAACCAUACUAUGAUCUUUUGACUUCUGAAGAAAGACGACGAAAUGUUAGAGGGAUGGAUCGUUUGUAUAUUCAACAAGAUAAUUCUAAGUAUGAAUUACUUAAAGAGUUAUACUUGGACAAAGAUAACUAUGAAAACUUAACAUCUGUACUUAUUGAUGGCAUGGAAGGAAAAGUUAUGCUGGCUGAUGACUGUGUUAAAAUUGGAGGAUCACUUCCAUCGCCAGUUAUGGGAUUAAAUGUUGUAAGAUCAAAUCAAGUUAUAUGUGUGAAAUUUGAAGAUCCAAACUAUGGAGAUAAUUACAUAUUUGAAGCUACUCGUCUCCAAGGUGUUAUAGAACCUCCAAGGGUGUUGAAACCUAAGCAUUUAUCUGAUGAACAAUCUCGAUCUUGGAGGCCUAUGAUUGGUAUGACUCAUUCAAAUCAACGCGGAAGGCUAACAACUUCAGGUCAUAGAACAUUAUCGCAUUAUGUACCCAGAAAUGCAAGUAACGUACCUACAAAUUCAAGUAAUUAUGGUUCUGUUCCUCCACCACAAAGUUAUAGAAACAAUUCUCGGCAAAAUGACUACCCAAAUUCUAGGCGUCCAAAUAGUAAUUGGCAUGCCAAUCAAAACCAAUUUCCUCAAAAUGAUCAGAAUACAAACCGAGGCAAUUAUGGUCGUCAACAAAACAACUCUUAUAGAUCAGACAACAAUGCAUAUCCAAACUAUGGAACUCAAUAUACAUCUGAUCAACAGUCUAUGCGUAGGAAUGAUAGACCAGGAUAUUAUACCGCUGGUUAUCAAGCCAAUAAUUCUCAGCCUAGACAAUCUUUUAAUGGAAAUGUAGGUCCUAUUAGAGCGCAACAAAAUAGUCGUUAUCAACCAUAUAAUCAUACUACCCAAAGAGGUGGUCCAAGACCUCAUGGUUAUAAUCAUCAUGGAAGUUAUUGACAAUUUAGUUGAGCUAUCAGAUUUUAUUAAUACUUUACGCCUAAUUUUAUAACUUACUAAGAAUGGUGGACCCCCAAUAUAAUAAAAAUAAAAAUUU